UAUUUUUUUUUCCUUCCUCCUCGCCACUGUAGGCUGCGGGACACUCUUUGUGGCAGAUUUUGCCCGCAGUCCCAUUGCUGUGAGCCGGGGUCCGAGCCCUCCUGCCCGCGCCCCCUGCCUCCCUCCCUGCAUCUCAGCCUCUUGGCAGGACCUGGCGUGCAAUGUGCCUUCUUGUGCGGGACCUCAUGCUGGGGACCCGCGCGUGUGGCUCCCCGCUGGGCUGCCCCUGCCCCGCACCGAGGCUGUCUUGCUCCAUUCAGGCCGGCAUCUUUGGGUUUCGGGCCCCUAUCGCUGUGUUUGCAGCCUCUCCGAGAAACUCGCCUUUUACUCCAAAAUGCAAGAAGCUCCGGAGAGCGGCAGCAGCGCCAGCAGCUCCUUCUCCAGCCACCCCGCGGCCAGCAUCAAGGAGGAGGACUGCAGCCCCGAGAAGGAGCGACCCCCCGAGGCCGAGUACAUCAACUCCCGCUGCGUUCUCUUCACCUACUUCCAAGGGGACAUCAGCGCCGUGGUGGACGAGCACUUCAGCCGGGCGCUCAGCCAGCCCAGCAGCUUCUCGCUCGGCAGCGCCAAGGCGGCGCGGAACGCCGGCUCCUGGCGGGAUGGCUCCUUCCCAAUGAGCCAGCGCAGCUUCCCACCAUCCUUCUGGAACAGCACGUACCAGCCCUCCUCUGUCCCAGCCACCCUAAGCAGCCCUCUGGCAGCUGCUGCCCACAGUGAGCUGCCCUUCGCCGCUGCUGAUCCCUACGCACCUGCCUCUUUGCAUGGCCACCUGCACCAGGGUGGUCCCGAGCCCUGGCACCAUGCCCACCACCAUCAUCACCACCACCACCACCACCCCUACAUCGGGACACAGAGCACUGCCUAUCCCCGCCCCGCUGCCAUGCAUGAAGUCUACGGGCCUCACUUUGACCCCCGCUACAGCUCGCUCCUGGUGCCCACCGCCUCUGUCCGCCCCCACCGCCUCACCCCUGCCUCUGUGCCCACACCCGUCAGCCCCCCCUGCGAACUGGGAAAGAGUGAAGCGGGCACUGCUGCAGCCUGGACGACACCGGGACCUUUCCCCAAUGCGACAGGGGACAUGGCACAGAGCCUCGGCCUCAAUGUGGAUGCAGGUUUGCAGCAUCAGGAUAAAAGCAAGGAUCUAUACUGGUUUUAGAGCUGUCCUUCACUCUUCUUGCCCUGGCUCUCCCCUGUAGAUCUCUGCCUGCUAGGCAUGGUGGCAUUCAGAGCUGAAAUCGGGUCAGUUUGUAACAGCUUCUGAUCUUGGUUUGCAGCUCGCCGUUACUCCUUCUGUGGUGGAUCCCUUCUGAGCUGAUGUGCUGACUCAAAGACUCCCAGAUCUCCCUUUGCCCUUUUCCAAGCCCACCAUGGCCCUGCAGCUCGGGGAAAGACAACAGGACUUAAAAGGACCUGGCAUUACAAGGACGCUACUUUAGACUUAUUUCGGAAAGGAAAAUCCAUCUGUUGCAAGAGAAGAGCCAAAGACUUUGAACUUCUGUUUAAGCAGACCUGACACCCAGAACUGCAGUCAGACUGCUCUAAAAGAGUCAAAUGACGUCAUGGGUGGUGGUGCAAAACCACUGGCCUUCUUACAGGGGGCAGAGGAAAUCGUGGGGGUCUUUUUUUAGUGGUGUGAAUAUUUUUUUAUGGAAGUGAAAAUUAUUUCUUGAAUACAAACAUGGGAAAGCUACUUAGCAGUUUUGAACUGAAUUUUACUUUACAUUAAAGAAAAGUGAAAGGAGAAGAAACUGGAACUCAUAAACAUUUUUGGACUAUCGAGGAACUGGUCUGGUUUUUCAGCUUUGUGGUUGUGAGUGGCAAGUGUUUGGCCAGGGCCAGCUGCCCUCGGCUUACAGAGGUGCAGCUGUUCCAUGCACAACUGCUCAGCCCCUAGAAAGAUGAAAACCAAGGUGGCACUUCUCAGAGUCUGGCAGAACAUUUGCAUUGGAUAUAUAUUGGUUGGUUGGUUGUGUUUUUUUUCGUUUGGUUGGUUUUUUUACAAGAAACAUUUUCUGAUGAAAGUAAAACCCUUUUCUAGCAGGGGGAGGAAGGAAACCAGUGAAGAAUGGCUCACCCUCAAUCCAACAGCCUUUUUUAAGGGGAACACCAGAAGCAAAGGGACAUGAUGAAUGAUAGGUCUGAGUUGCCUCUAACUUUUCUCUUUGUCUACCUGUUGCUCUCAUUUUGUCACUUUAAUAGUUGUUUUGUUUUGGUUUCUUUGAAAGGGGGAAUAAGAUACCUGUUUAACAGUAGGAAAGUUGCAUUAAAGGUAUCUCCUCCUUUCACUCUGUGUGCUUUUAUGAAGAAUUAAAGCUAAAUAAGAGAAAUGAGGCAAACUGGAAAUUUCAGAAUGAAAUAGGAAAUAUACCUGUCGUGUGGAUGACGUGAGAUAUUUUAUUAAUUUGCAUUAAAGAUAAAUAGAAAUCCUAGCAGUUGAAAAUAUUUUCUUACUGAGAAAAAAUACAGUGUUAAAUACAAAAGAUAAGAAAAUGCAAGGGUGUUGCAGUGCUACAUUUUAGCGUACAGUGUAUCUGGGUUAAAGUAACGGGGCUGCUUUAUAGUGGUAAUCAUAAUCAUAAUCAAAACAACAACAAAUGUUUCUUCAUAAAGCUGAUAUGAGGGAACUGUAUCAUUCAGCAUUGCUGUUGCACUGAUAAAUUAAAAUGCUCUUGUAAGGUGAUGAACAAUUAAUGAAAGAGUGCAGAAAUUACAGUUUCCUCUAGUAUUUAAAAGCUGACAUUUUUACAGGCUCAGCAUCUAAUCCCAACAAUACUGUGCUAUGUUUUGUUCUAUUUUUUCCUUAAUGUAAUGUUUUUGACAGCUGACAAAGUUCAAUGCUUUUAAGAGGAAAAUCUUAACAUUACUUCUCUGCCACAGCAGAAAAUGAACUUUGUGCCGUGAUGAGAGUUUUUACCUUCUGACACUCUUACAUAAUCUGGCGUAAUGUUUGCCAUGUGUCAGAAAUGGAGUUAUGAAUAACGAAAACUCUCUUCUCUUAGGUUUCAGCAUGGCAAUAACUGCGUUUAUGGCAAAGAAUAGGAAUCCCAGUAGUAAGAAUACGAUAAGGCAGCGUGAGUAAAUACCAUAAGAAGCUGGCAAGCAGCUGCUUUGAAAUACUCUGGGUGCAGAGCAUCCCUGGCCGGAGCUCGGCAAAUAGUAAGAGGUGACUUGACAUGAUUCCUUCAGCCAGGCAUACCCCUGAGAAUUUCACCCUCGGCCUCCAAUUAGCCAGAGACCAGACAAGCUGUAAAGGGCAAGGAAAAGACUCCAGAAUUUAUAUUAUCGGUUAAACAAAAAAAAAGAUUUGAAGCAAAUCAAGAUAGAAGGCAGCAGCACUUUGCAGAACAAAAGUAACCAAAAGGGGCAUUUAACUUUCUUGCUGCAGAAGCUUGGAGAUAACAGGAUCAUUCUGUGAGCAUUUGACUGUGGAGAUUUUUUUAGGCUGUUUUUAAAGUUUUUUUAAAAAAAUGAUUAAUCUGGCUCCAGCAUGGGUUGUGCUUCAUCACAAUUGUUUCAUUUUUUUUUUCUUCUUUCCUCCUCUCCUCUGCAAUUCAUAAUGAGAAAGGCUGGGCAAUAUGGCCCAAAUACAUUUGGAAGUAUUCAUGUAAGCACAAACCAGUCAUUUACUUCAUUAGCAUUUACAAUUCAUUUUGACUGUGAACGUAACAAGCAUGAGAAUUUGUGCAAUUAAUACAUGAAUUUUGGUUUCGACCUUUGUUCUCCAGGUACUCUUUUGUUGUUGCAUUGUGAAAGCAUCCAAACAUUGUGGCUCAGGGUGUUAAAUGCUAUGCAAACAACUUUUUAGAAAUAUUCUGAAAAUAACUGAAACUUUGGAAAUCACUGAAGAAUACCCUUUUAAUAAGUUUCAAGCUUAAAAAUAAUCUGUCAAGGAAAAGAUGGAAGUUAGGUUGGGACACGGUAUUUGUGGUCAUGCUCUCCACUUUAUUUUGCUGCUGCACAGCUGCAGUUACAAGGACGCAGUACAGACCUCUUUAGACUCAUCUAUAUGUGCCUCUGCGCUUGCAAUUUACUGUUGGUGAGGUUUAGGGCAACCUUAAUUCCUGCCUCGUUUUCCUGUGGAUAUUCCUUCGACCUCGAGUGAAGGAGGAGGAGGGGAGGAGACAGAGGGUGAAAGAGAGUCUGAGUAAUACCCUGUGCCUUCCCUGGACUGUGUGCUGCCUGUCUCUGAGGAAAUGUAUCUGCCCUGUCUCCUCCUUGGGUCAAGAGGGACUGUUGUCCCUUCUCGCCUUCCCUUUGAAGUCCUAUUUAAGUUCAUGACAACCUAUAGUGAGGGCUUAGAGAGUGGUCCCUUCCUAGAAGAGAGGAAAAUGCUGCUGGGGGCUUCGGAUGCAGCCAGGUUCUCUGACUGGCUGUUAGCGUGCAUCUUUUUCUGAGCAUGGUUUGUAAUUAACAUGCCCUUUUGAUUACAGGAGGGUGAGCCAGCUCCUCUAGGGGAUUGUGGUGUCCUGGCUGGCUUUCCUGACCUGCCACUCAGAGGAACAGUUGCAGCAGGGGAAAGAGAGAGACUUGUAGUGCCAUUAUUUGAAGAGUUAGGUAUUGAUUUUGCAGGAUUAGGGAAAUGAGAAUAUUGACUAGUUUAAAAAAACCUGAAAAAAUGAAAAAAAAUUAAAGGAAAAGAAAAAGCUUUACUUCAUUUUGCACCCAAGGUUUGGGGCUACAGCCUUAGGAAUUGCAUUGUUCAUUUAGUUCCCAGGACAGUUAGAUUGUUCUCUAAACUGACUGUACUGACUAGCAGCUCAGGCUACUAGGGUCCCCCCAUUCGAGGCCAUUUCUUAUUAUACCGGAGGAAAGCCCUUUGCAGUGCAACCUCUAUUGCUUCCAUAGCCAGACACAAAUCCAUGAAUCAUGUGCCUGAAAACUGAGCAUAAAUUUUAAGGAAUAGACAUGGGGAGAUGAUGUGUCCCCUCCUCCUGCCCCUACGCUCUCCUGAGGAAGAAGGCAAAAGCUCUAGAGCAGUCCACACGGAGUGCAGGGACACAGGGGUGCAGUACUGCACACCCCUCAGCCCCACUCACAUGCACAGGCGUCUGUGCUUGACUGCAGCUCACAAAAACACAGACUGACCAAGGACUGUAGAGUUUCU